AUGGCGCUGCCGGCGGAGAGACGGACCGAGGAGGCCGCAGUCACCGGCGGGUGCCGGGUGCCGGCCGGGCAGGGCGGGCUGCCGAUCGGCUUCCGGUUCCGGCCCACCGACGAGGAGCUGCUGCUGCACUACCUGCGCCGCAAGGCCCUCUCCUGCCCCCUCCCCGCCGACAUCAUCCCCGUCGCCGACCUCGCGCGCCUCCACCCAUGGGACCUGCCAGGCGAGGCCGACGGCGAGCGCUACUUCUUCCACCUGCCGGCGACGGGGUGCUGGCGGAAGGGCGGCGGCACCGGCAGGGCGGGUGGCAGCGGCGUGUGGAGGGCCUCCGGAAAGGAGCGGCUGGUCGUGGCGCCCCGCUGCGGGCGGCCCAUCGGCGCCAAGCGGACGCUCGUCUUCUGCCGCCCCGGCGGCGCGCGCACCGGCUGGGCCAUGCACGAGUAUCGCCUCCUCCCCGCCGGCCUCGCCGCCUACGCCACCGCCAAGAGCCUCCACGCCGCCAAGGACUGGGUGGUCUGCCGCGUGUUCAAGAAGGCCACUCCAGCUCGCCGCGACACAGCGGGGCGGCGUAGUAGGGGCGACGCCGACAUGACACCGGCAUCGCCGUCCCCGGCAUCCUCCUGCGUGACCGAGUCGCGCAGCGGCAUGGAGGAGGACGACGAUGAGACCGCCUCCAAUUCGCCGCGGCGAGAGCAUUAG